AGAAGUGACACGCGCAUCGUUGAUCAUAGAUUGGUCCAAAAAAAAGGGGGAAGGGAUAAUGUACCACUCCUUAAAUUGCAUAUUCACUGGGAAAUUGCAAUUUCAUUUUAACAAUCGUUUAUCUCUCUCUCUCUAGUCUGUACAAAAGGGGUACUCUGAGAACACAUAAUCAUGGUGAAGGCCGUCGCAGUCCUCAAAAGCAGUGAGGGUGUCAAUGGCACCGUCUACUUCACCCAAGAAGGAGAUGGUCCAACUACUGUUACUGGAAACAUUUCUGGCCUUAAGCCUGGACUUCAUGGCUUUCAUGUCCAUGCCCUCGGUGACACCACCAAUGGUUGUAUGUCAACCGGACCUCAUUUCAAUCCUGUUGGCAAAGAGCAUGGUGCACCUGGAGAUGAGAACCGCCAUGCCGGUGAUCUUGGUAACAUCACAGUUGGAGAAGAUGGCACUGCUGCUAUCAACGUUGUUGAUAAGCAGAUACCUCUUACAGGACCACAUUCUAUAAUUGGAAGAGCCGUAGUUGUCCAUGCAGAUCCUGAUGAUCUUGGAAAGGGUGGUCAUGAACUGAGCAAGAGCACUGGAAAUGCUGGUGGAAGAGUUGCUUGUGGUAUCAUUGGCCUUCAGGCUUGAUAAUUUGUGGUGCACUCUCCUUUUUUCGUGAUUUGUCCUGCAUUGCAGAAAGACUAUCGUCAGUAGCUACUUGGAUAGUUUUUAAUUAAGAUUGUUUGUAGGGACGAGUUUUUUUUAUUGUAAUAUGAAAGUCAAAGUUCUAUUUUGUGAUUGAGCAACAUAUGGAUAUUUGUAUCAAUAUGAUACCAGGAAAUAAAAUUGAAGUGUGCUCGAAUUA